AUGCUUUCCUUCUUCACAUAUCUCCUGCCUUUGGCAAUCCUCUGCCAAUGGGUCAUGGCCCUCCCUCCCGCCGUACAGAUAUCCCCCAACCUCAAAGUCGGGAAUCUGGCAUCAGUAUUCGACCACACUGAUAAAUACCCCAUGCCAAAUGCCGGCAACAUCACAGCACACGACCCCAACAUCCUCGAACACGACAACACCUUCUACAUGUUCAAGGGCGGCGUGCACAUCCCCUACUACAAGGCAACCGACCUGAGCGGUCCCUGGAAGGAAGUCGGAACCGUCCUCUCCAAAGACAGCAUCAUUCCCGAUCGCCCAAACGCAACUCGUCCCUGGGCCCCUACUACCGUCGAGUACAAGGGCAAGUUCUACUGCUUCUACUCGCUCAGUCAGGCUGGAAGCCGGAAGAGUGCUAUUGGUGUUGCUUCUACUGAGGACAUCACCAAGGGUUCCUGGACAGACCAUGGCAGCUUGGUCGUGACUGGCAAUGACAACCAGGGAUCACCGUACAAUGUGACCAACGCGAUUGACCCGUCCUUCAUCGUCGACCAGAAGACCAAGACUCCGUACUUGAACUACGGCAGCUACUGGCACAACCUUUGGCAGGUCGAGCUGGAGGAUGACCUGCUGUCUGUCAAGUACAAUACGAACACCACUAUUGAGGUUUCCAAGAAGAAGGGCAAGAACGACAAGAACAAUAAGAACGACAACAAAAAGAACCAGGUCAAGGGGAUCGAGAACCUCAAGGCCACGCAGCUCACCUUCAUGCCGAACCGCGACAACAGACCCGAGGAAGGAUCCUGGAUGAGCUUCCACGACGGCUACUACUACAUGUGGUUCAGCCAGGGCAAGUGCUGCGACUUCGAGAAUGGAUUCCCCAAGAAGGGCGACGAGUACCACAUCCGUGUCGGCCGUUCCAAGAACAUCAGUGGACCCUUCGAGGACAAGGACGGCAACGACCUUCGCAAAGGUGGUGGUACUACCGUCUACGCCUCCAACCAUGGUCUUACCUACGCUCCUGGUGGUCUGGGUGUUCUCCCUGGUAACGGCCAGCGCCGCGACGUCCUCUACUACCACUAUUUGGACACCAGAGUUGGCUUCAAGCACGCUCAAGCUCAGCUUGGUUGGAACUACCUCGACUAUGACAACGGAUGGCCCGUUGCUAGCAAGAACGGCAACAACGACAAGAAGAGCGGCAAUAAGCAAGCCACGGCUACAGCCAAGGCUACUACGGUUAUAACUAAGGCUACUACGUCUACAGCUAAGGCUACACAGACAAACGGCUCUUCUAAGGCGACAGCUACGCCUCAAUAA